UGCUUUUGUUUUUAUAUCACAACUGAUUUUCAAAUUAUAUAGUUUCGAAAGUGCUUAAAUUAUGUCUGACUUCAAGCCACUAAUAACUAAAGAAAUGGUGCAUAUUCUACCAAGUGUUGUGAUGGAUAAGAUAACACUGCCCGAUAUCAUAGAAGAUGUUAUGAAAAAACCAGUAGAAGUUAGCAAAACUGAAGGCAAGUCAAGUGAUCCUGAGUCAGAGAGUAAUGCGGAUAUAUCGGAGUCUGAAGCGGAACCAGAAGAUGAAGAGGAACCCGAGGAAAUCAAGAGAGGAGAAGUCAAGUAUAGCUGGCAUGCGCCUUGCAUGAUGCUGAUUUUUGAGGAUGGCGAUCUCAAUAGCGCCCUUUAUCAUCUCGUCGAAUCUCUGCAGGAUCCCUUUGCCUUGGAUGCGGUUGCGGUUCUCUUAGUACAAGAAAGUCUAUCAAAGGAAUUGGAGGAGAGAGUUGUGACUCUUAUGAGACCUUUAGAUACCAAGGUGGCCAAUCAUCCUUGCUAUCAGCGCAGUUUGCAGAAGAUUGCCGAACUGAAACCAAAGACGAUAAUAGGUUCUCCUGAUCGGGUAUUGCCUGACGCCACGCCUAUACUGGUAAGGGAUAUCCCACACAAGUUUCUAGGUGAAGGACCCACCGGUAUUAUCACCAUGCAUAUUUUUCGCACUCCCCUUGAAGCCACUAAUAUAUUUCGAAAGGAAUACCCCCUGCCCAUCGCAUCGGUUAGCAUCUGGAAUGAAAGGGUAUCGAGCGUGUAUGAUGUUAUUGGACUUAUGCAUUUCUUCGAUACUUUUAAAAUCAAUUGUUUUAAGGUAGACUUGGAGCCCAUUAGAAAGGCAUUCGAGUUGCGAAAAUAUAGUGCUUGUAUGCAUGGAGGUUAUCACUAUGAAACCCUGCAAGUGAAUAGUGAGAGAAAGAUUAUCAUAUUUCCAGUAGGAACUAUAUUUGGUAGCUGAAUUGUAAACUAAACAAAGGAACUAAUCGGUUCCUUGGAAAUUUUAAGAUGUGAUAUGUAAAAAAAUAAAAGAUAUACAUUCUGGCA